AUAGCAACGACCGGUAGCGUCAAAAUGGCGACCUUUAAUACAAUUAAAGUUUAAUUUAUGAACAGUUGUAAACAUUUAAGCUGAAUAUAUAUAUUUUUAAUUUAAAAUAGAAGUGUGUUAAGAUGAAAUUUGUAUCAUCAAUUAAUUGGAAUACUGUAAAAUAGUACAAUUUGUUGACCAGAAUAAAGAUUGGGACAUAUUAUUCAGUUACAACAAGAGUGGUAUUGAGCCUUUAAAGGAGGUAUGGCUCUAAUUUUUGGAACCAUAAAUAGUAAAAGGUUCAGUUAUGUCCCUUGAUGCCAUGACAACGAUAGAUGAACGGGAAAGAUUGAUUCCGGAGUGCCAGCCAUGUUAUUCUGGUUUUAAACCCAGGCCUGUCGAAAAACUAGCAACACGAAGAAAACCCGUAUCUGUUCUAGACAUAGAAUGUAGAAACUUUUUACGGACCAGCUCCAGCGAUUUUACGAAUGGACAACCGUCGGUGGAACAGAGAUUAUGGAUGGAAGCCGGUAAAUGUGGUCCACCAUAUCCUCAAAAACCUGACGCCAGCUACAAUAGUAAUGUUUGGCGAAACUUUCGCAAGCAGUUUGGCUUUAAUACCUCCGCCGAAGGGCGGAAGAUAUCGGAAGUUAUUGCAGCAAUGUAUCCCUUAAAUAUCCCUCGGCCAUCUAAAAUAGGUGAUCAUAGCUUUACGAAAUAUAUAAGUGAGAGUAAUUUAUUCCAAGAUGAAAAAUUUAAAGACAUAGCAAUAAGACGAACACGAGCCGAUCAUCAGGAAUUGAAGAGAUUAAAAAUAAAAAGUGAUGGUAGAAAUCCACCAAUAGAUCAAGAUGGAAAAAUUUUACCUCCAGAGAAUUUUAAGAAGUAUGUUCAUCGUUUUAUCCCCCCUCCUGGUGACCGUGAUUUCCUGUCGUCCCCUCUACCGGAGGAAUUGUGUAAACCGGAUCUAUUCGGACGACGCUACAACACAACAAACAGACCGGAUUAUAAACCCCACUUGUGGAAAUUAACAUAUCGUUUAAAUAAACCAGAAUACGACGCAGUUCAGACAGCCAUUCGAGAACGAAAAGAGAGAAAUAAUGGAAGAAAAACUAGUCGGGCCGCUCCGUCGCCAGCAUCUUUAUGAAAAAGAUUUUUGUGACAUUCUUGUUGGUUAACCCUUAUGACCCGAGCGGCCGAAAGACCGGCCUGGAUGCUCCUUGACUGGAGUACCGCUCGGGUCUUAAAGGGUUAAAUAAUUGUAUAUUUUUGGCCCGUUUCAUUCUAUUUGGGUCAGUGUGUCGUCAGUGUGUCUGACUUUCCGUAUCAGUAUUGUGGUAUAUCUUGCUCAAAAACAUUUAUGCUAUUUCAUAAUUAAUCCCCCAUAUGCCAUCAAUCUGAUUAAAACACAGAUUCAAUUUUUUUUUCGUUUUUUUAUAGUUCAAAAUUUCGUUUUACUUGUCUUUACUACACUGGGAUCUGGAAGAGUUGUUAUAUUAGCGGCAUUUUGGUUGAAGUGAGGGAUAAGCCAAUGAAACGGUCUGUUACAGCGACUUCUUGGCGUGCCAUGCACGGAACUAUGGGUAAACUACUAGAAAAGCCAACGCUGACUGAUUAAUCAAUGUCUGACAUCAUAGGGUCAAAACUCAAAAGCCACUCGUACGACCCCUGAAAGAACCUUCAAGUACAACUUGUCAGAUCUUCAUGUAGUGUAGGCCAUUGAAAGUAUAAAAAAAAACGAAAUGAAAUAUAGAUCUGUAUUUUAAUCAGAUUGAGAUGCCAUGAAAUGUUCUGCUCUGACUCGACUAAUGAAGACGGGCAUACGCCAUACAGUGUGCUUAGGGGGGAAUUUUGCCCCAACAGUGGCACUACGGCCUAUAGGAUUUUUUUACAUGCAUGCCAAUUUGUACACAGGACUUCAGUUUUCGUCCCAUCCGAAUGACUAUACAUUGUCGCAUAAAAAUGAAAUGAAACAGGGGUUUAAUGUCCUACUCUGAUUAGGAUGAUGAACACAGGCAAGGGACCUCAGUUUUUCGAUAUAAGAGUGGGCCGUAGGGCCACUGUCCGGGCAAAAUUUCCCUCAUAGCACACAGUAUGGUAUAUGCCCAUCUUCAUUAGUCCAGUCGGAGCAGAACAGUAGGACGUUAAACCCCCAAAACUGGGAACCCACCUGGAACGUCUUGUUUAUUGAGCCAGCCCUUACUAAGUCACUACGGCUCCCAUCUAAUCUGAAGACUCCCGAAAACAACUCUAUAAAGUAUUGUCUUGAUGGAAACAAACGUAAAUUUCUAGUAUGUAGUCAAAUUGAAAAUUAUUUUCCUACUAACUGAAAGAGAUCUCCCAAGUGCUAAUGCCUCUUUGAUGUUCAUAUUGAGUUACUCAAGCACUACUCUGUUAUAUAUAAUUCUAAAGUCCAAACAGUAUUAUUAUUAUUAUUACCUCUUUCUAUUUUGCUAUUGUAUAUAAUCAUACUAUAUAUAUAUUUGAUUAUUUUAUGGUUUGAAAUAAACGAUUUUAUCUUUUAAGUA